UGAAGAGAGGCUGGCCGGGAGGAAAGGGGAAUAACUCAGUUUUAGGUAAGUCAUUGCUAUUGCCUAGAAUAACCUGCCUCUUCAGCGCAAGGGAAGCAGAGAGACGCCUUCUCCUCCUUAAAGCCUGCGGAGCCCAAGCCUCUCAGAGCAUCCUUGGGGUUGGCACAGCAGAGGUUCCAGGCACGCACAGCCACUCCAACCAGGCGGCUGCCAUGCCCCACAUUCCUGAGGACGAGGAGCCCCCCGGAGAGCCACAGGCAGCCCAGACCCAAGACUCUCCCUCUGCAGGACCAUUUCCCAGCCCUCCCACAAUUAUCCUGACGGGGGAUGCCAGUUCACCUGGAGGAGAGACUGACAAAAACCUAGUCAACAGGGCUUCCAGCCCUCACCGGAGGCUUUCCCACCGACACCUGAAGGUCUCCACCGCUUCGCUGACUUCUGUGGACCCCUCGGGGCAUGUCAUUGACCUGGUGAAUGACCAGCUGCCCGACAUCAGCAUCUCAGAAGAGGACAAGAAGAAAAACCUGGCACUUCUGGAAGAAGCCAAGCUGGUGAGUGAGCGGUUCCUGACCCGCCGUGGGAGGAAAUCAAGGAGCAGCCUCGGAGACUCCCCAUCAGCUGUUUCUCCAAACCUCAGCUCUGGAACUUCUCCUGCAUCUUCCAGGAGCGCCUCCCUCACCAUCUCCACACCCCCAGGUUUGGACAUAUGCAGUGGCCCUCUGUCCCCUCUGCCAGGAGCACCACCACAGCAAAAGGGACAUGAGGACGGGGUCUCCUCGCCUUGCCCCGGAGAGCCUAAUGUCUCCAAAAGGCUAGCUGACCGGAAGCAGAAUGACCAGAGAAAAGUGUCUCAAGGCAGAUUGGCUCCCCGCUCUCCCACAGUGGAGAAAUCCAAAGAACUUACAGUAGAACAAAAGGAAAACUUUGAUCCUCUUCAGCACGGGGAGGCCACGCCCAUGGCGCAGGCUUCUGGAGCAAGCAUCAGUGGGAAAAUGGCGCUGAACAGCCCCCAGCCUGGCCCUGCUGAGAUGGAGCUGGGGAGGCAGCUCCUGAAGACAGCCAGGGAAGGCAACCCUGUGCCCAGAACCACAGUCCAGGGCCCAGGAGGAACGGUCUCCCCACAUUCCCUGGGACAGGGCUCUGCUGGAGAGCCUAUGGGGCCCAAGACUGGCUCCAAGGCUGAGCUGAGGUCCCCUGUGUCCCGGCCCCCCCUGAUUCGGGGAGUCUCCUGGGACAGCAGCCCUGAAGAACCCGGUCCCCUGCUGCAAAAGGUGCUCGCUAAGCUGCCCCUGGCAGAGGAAGAGAAGCGGUUUCCAGGCAAGACCAAGCCAGCCAAGCCGCCUGGGCUCAAAGACUUCCAGAUACAAGUGCAGCCGGUGCGCAUGCAGAAGCUGACCAAGCUCCGGGAGGAACACAUCCUGAUGAGAAACCAGAACCUGGUGGGGUUCAAGCUCCCUGAACUGAGUGAGGCUGCGGAGCAGGACAAAGGAGUCUCCCCUGAACUCGCUCCAGCAGCUGAGGAAGAAGAGUCCAAGAGUGGUCUGGAUGUGAUGCCCAACAUUUCUGACAUAUUGCUGCGCAAACUUAGGGUUCACAAGUCACUCACUGGAAGCGCCCCUCCACUCACUGAGAAGGAAGUGGAGAACGUGUUUGUACAACUGUCCUUGGCCUUUAGAAAUGACAGCUACACCUUGGAGUCUAGAAUUAACCAGGCUGAACGGGAGCGCAACCUGACGGAAGAGAACACGGAGAAGGAACUGGAAAAUUUCAAAGCCUCCAUUACGUCCUCAGCAAACAUCUGGUACCACUGCGAACACCGGGAGACCUAUCAGAAACUUCUGGAAGACAUCGCCGUCUUGCAUCGUCUGGCUGCCCGCCUCUCCAGCCGGGCUGAAGUGGUGGGUGCUGUUCGCCAGGAAAAGCGCAUGUCAAAGGCCACGGAAGUGAUGAUGCAGUAUGUGGAGAAUCUGAAGAGAACAUACGAGAAGGACCAUGCUGAGCUCAUGGAAUUUAAGAAACUUGCAAAUCAGAAUUCCAGUCGCAGCUGUGGGCCCUCUGAAGACGGGGUUCCUCGCACGGCGCGGUCUAUGUCCCUCACCAUGGGAAAGAACAUGCCCCGCCGGAGGGUCAGCGUUGCUGUGGUUCCCAAGUUUAAUGCCUUGAACCUGCCUGGCCAAGCCCCGAGCUCCUCACCCAUGCCCUCCCUACCAGCUUUGUCUGAAUCGUCCAACGGGAAGAGCAGCAUCUCUGCUUCCCCAGCGCUGCCUGCACUUUUGGAAAAUGGAAAGACAAAUGCAGAGGCUGACUGCGAAGUGUGUGCCCCCGUGCCACUCCCAAGCUGUCUGGAGGAGACGAGCCAGGAGACCAAGGCCAGGGCAGAGGAAGACGCCUACAACAAAGGAUACCAGGAAGGGGUAAAGAAGACCGAAGAACUUCAAGACCUGAAGGAGGAGGAGGAGGAAGAACAGAAGACAGAGAGUCCUGAGGAACCAGAAGAGGUAGAAGAAACCCAGGAGGACGAGAAGGACCAGGGAAGCAGCAAACUUGAAGAACUGGUCCACUUCCUACAAGUCAUGUAUCCUAAAUUGUGUCAACACUGGCAAGUGAUCUGGAUGAUGGCCGCAGUGAUGCUGGUCUUGAGUGUUGUUCUCGGGCUCUACAGUUCCUAUAACUCCUGCACAGAGCAAGCCGACGGGCCCCCUGGGAGAUCCACUUGCUCUGCAGCCCAGCGGGACUCCUGGUGGAGCUCGGGACUCCAGCAAGAGCUGCCAGCAGAGCAGUAGGACAUCGGACUCCUUAGCCAUGCCCUGCUCUAGUGCAUUCAUCCCAACACUCUGCCCCUAAGUACAAUGUGUCAGGCCCAAACCAGGCACAUGUGGCCACCCAUCCCAUUGGGGAAUAAGGAGGCUCUCUCCUGUCACUCAUGGAAGCUACUCACAACAACCUGAUGCUUUGAAGGGAUCAACAAAAGAUCAAAUCAUGCUCUGGGAAAGUGUCUGGUUGACUAAGAAGCGACCUUCAUUAAGGACUCUAGCACAAGGGAAGAGCCUCCCCCUGGCUCAGGUGGAUCAGGAAAACUGAAACCCCUUCAUUAAGGGGAAAACGAGAAACCUGCUUUCCAUUUUUUCUUCCCUGUGUUUCAUGGUCAGUAAGAAUUGUACUUAGCGGCCAGCACUGACCAUAAGACUCAGUCUUGGAGUCACAACAUAUUGUCCCACUUCCCACUUCAUGUAUCACAACCAUUCUUUCGCCUUCUCUCUCCCUUUCAGAAUUACCAUUUAUUUCCAGAGAGUGGGAAAACUUUCUCAUAAAAUUACACAGGCUAGAAGUAGCCCCAUGCUAGAAAGUAAACAGGAAGAUGUGAAUUAAUAUAUAAUGAAUCUGUAUACAUAUAGACUAUACACACGUUUGUGCACAAAGACACCCAGUCUCUGGAAGUGUGCUCCGCUCAGUGGCACCCAUGUCAUGCCAACCAGUUGGUUUUCACUAGGUAUGGAGCUGUAGUCACCAGGUACCAGCACAGGGAGCCCUCCACACACUCCGAAGAUGUUUGAACCUCUGAGAAAUCAUGUCUUCGUUCCACUUCAUAUGCCAGGUUGGAGCUGCUGUUUGGCACAGUCUGUUCCCUGGUUGCUUGCUCUGUUUGAAAGUGAUCCUACACAGUUAACCCACCUCUUGGGUAAGAAAAGGUGUGCCUUUCACUUCUGACUCUCACUCUGCCAUGCACCUCGGGACUACAGUGUUCAUGAUAUUUCCAAAUCCAAUGUGUCCUUCCACGGACCUGUUCAGCAUUAACCUGAAGGCAGUGCAUUCUCCUCCAGCAUGGUGGCUCUCUACACUGCUCAGUGGUUUCCUUCAUUCAGCUCUCUUCAGUCAGAGAUGGGGCUUCUCUUGUGGUUGCUUUUCUGGUUCGUUGUUUUCGUUGCUAUCACUCAUGUAGAACGUAUUGUGAGCCAAAAACCAUCUGUGUUACAUAGGCAGUAAUUCAUUAGUCCUCAAGAAAAGAAAACUCUGAAAUAGAUAUCACUUACUCCAUGUUCAAAUAAGGAAACAGAAGCAUAAAUGAUACAAGAGUGUACACACACACACACACACACACACA